CUCAAACAUGAUGGCUUCUUCCAUUGUCCCUCUUCUUCUUUCAUCAUUCCUUCUUUCCACUUCCUUUCUUCAACCUGCUCAUGCCAUGAGAAAGUCUUACAUUGUAUACUUUGGAUCACAUUCUCAUGGCCCAGACCCUUCCUCUGCUGAUAUGGAAUCUGCCACGAAUUCCCAUUAUGAUUUUCUGGGCUCCUUCUUGGGAAGCCAUGAGAAGGCCAAAGAAGCUAUCAUUUACUCUUAUAAUAGACACAUAAAUGGGUUUGCUGCAUUGCUUGAAGACGAAGUAGCUACAGAGAUCAAAAAAAAGCCAAAUGUAGUGUCAGUGUUCUUGAGCAAAAUGCAUACACUUCACACAACAAGAUCGUGGGAGUUUCUGGGUCAAGAAAGAAAAGGAAGAGUUAGAGCAGACUCAGCUUGGAUCAAGGGAAGAUUUGGUCAAAAUUCAAUCAUCGGUGUCAUUGAUACUGGUGUUUGGCCUGAAUCCAAGAGCUUCAACGACAGAGGAUAUGGCCCUGUUCCCUCAAAGUGGCAAGGAGGUUCCACUUGUCAGAUUCACAAUUUGCCUCGCCGUUCUAACAGAACUCUCUGCAACAGGAAGCUCCUAGCAGCAAAAAUCUUCCUCAACGGUUACGAGGCUGACGUUGGCCCAAUCGACCCAUUACAUCAUCGUAGUGCACGUGACAUUGUAGGACACGGUACUCACACUGCAUCAACUGCUGUCGGCAACUUCGUUCGAAACGCAAGUGUCUCAACAGGUAAUGGCACGGCCAAGGGUGGGUCCCCCAGGGCUCUUGCAGUCUAUAAAGCUUGCUGGGAUCCAUUGGAAGGAGCAGGGUGUCAUGAUGCAGAUUUGCUUUCUGCAUUUGACCAAGCCAUUAGUGAUAAUGUUGAUGUGAUAUCUGUUUCUAUUGGUGGGAAUCAGCACUAUCCAGAAGAUUUGUUAUCUGAUGGCAUCUCCAUUGGAGCCUUCCAUGCAGUUUCCAAAAGUAUAGUUGUAGUUUGCUCCGCAGGUAAUGAAGGGCCAGAACCUGAAACUGUCAAGAAUGUCGCACCUUGGACCUUCACUAUUGCUGCUAGCUCCAUUGAUAGAGACUUCAGUGAUAACAUCACUCUCGGCAAUGGCCAACGCAUCCAG